AUCGUUCCCGGAAGUUCCCCUGGACUAUGCAAGUCCAACAACAACAACAACAACCCUCGUCCACUCAGCACGCUUUACCAUCACUUCAAAGCAUCACCCUUCCUACAUCGUCAUCCAAGUCUCCCUUCUUUGCCGUUCCAGCAGUACCCCAUUUGCAGCAGCCUACUACCUCCAGACCCCAAGCCAAGCCAUCUUUUACAAUCCCUCACCCAAACCCAGUAAAGCCAGAACAGACCCCUCCAUCCCCAAACAUCUUCACCUACAAAGCCCCAGCGCACAAACAUGCCCACCAUCUUCAUAGCAUACCUCCAAAGGAGAAGACAGUCCAGACUUUGAUUCUUGAUCAUAUGUUAUGGCUGCAUUCACGCACUCGUUUCAACCAGGUUAGAUGAAGCUGCCUGUUGGUAAAAUCAACCGUAGCGCUCACAUGAGAGGCGCUGGUAUUCCAGGUCAGAUCUGAGCUGGGAAUGCAGACUGGGUCCCCAGAAGGUCCAACCGAAAAGGACGUCACUGAAACUGAUGAUGAACUUGCUCGC